GUCAAGGCGGAACUCAAGUUUGGGGUGACCGUAGUAAAAAAAUAAAAAAAAUAAAUAAUGUGGGCCAACUUUGAUCGGCGACCAAGAGAGAGAGACUCGCUCUUCAAGUUUAUAAGCGCUACUACUUUUUCCACACUUCUUCUUCUUUUCCUUUCCUAAUAUUUUUUUUUUAAUUUCUCUCUGUUUUUUUACGCGUACGUUAGUCAUUACAUUCAAUGGAUAUAAGAAACCUUUUAAACAGCCAUGAAGACUCGAAUCUCUCGACGUCGGUGGAAUCAGCUUCCUACACCGAUGCCGACAAACCUUUCGAAUGCAACUGGGAGGAGUGCGGCAAGCGGUUCUCGCGUCGAUCCGAUUUAUCGAGACAUCGUCGUAUUCAUACCGGGGAACGUCCUUACCGCUGCGACUGGCCGGGCUGUGGCAAGCAGUUCAUUCAACGCUCAGCCCUAACCGUGCACUUUCGGACUCACACUGGUGAACGGCCACAUUUAUGUGAAUUUGAAUUAUGUGGAAAGUCUUUUAGCGAUUCAUCUUCAUUGGCUCGACACCGUCGAACACAUACCGGCAAUCGACCAUACGUUUGUAGAAUUGGCGAUUGCAACAAGUCAUUUACCCGUAAGACUACGCUAUCAAGACAUCAGCGUAGCCAUUUAGAAUCUGGUUCAUUAUCAAGCUGCGACUCUGAGAGUGAAGCUACUAUGAGUCCACCACCUGGUAUGGUGGACGUUUUACCCAACAAGCGCUAUUCAGCACCGGCAAGCUAUGGUCCGGCGGAACUGGUUCCACCUUUGACCAAGCCUACCGCUAUGCACCCAGGUUCGUGGCCUGUUCCAGAUGGGCGGUAUGCAUACCCAUACCCCUAUCAUCCUGAACAACCACACUAUCCUCAUACAGCAGAAGGCACGCAACAUCCUCCAUGGGGUUAUCAACAACCCCCACCUCAGCAUGUUCAACAGCAACAGAGGUAUUCUUAUGAACGACAGCAGUCAUUAACUGAAACUGUCACUCCUUAUCAUGGUUUGCCAUCACCUGCCAUCAAGACACAGUAAGGCCUUGCUCCACAUGUUUGCCAUAUAGGACACCCCCCAAGAGAUACAAAAAGAAAAAAAUACAUUCAAGCCAGCCAAAAAAAAAAUAUUCCAAAACCCUCAAGAAAAAAAUAUCCAGCUUCCCCAACAAUUAGGCCCACCCAAGAUAGAUACGCAGUCAACAAGAAGAAAAAAGAAACACCUAAAAAAUCACUUUAAAAAAACUGA